AUGGGCCAGCUGGUGUCCAAGGUUCUGGAGCCGGCGCAGACCGCCAAGCCCGCCGUCACGUUUGCCGAGGAGGAGGCGAAGGCCGAGCCACCGCCCAAGGCCCCGGUCAUCAGCGUGGUUGACGUGAACAAAGAGGUUGGCGCUGAGCUGGACAGGGCAGCGGCCAAGGGCCGAAAGCCACAGGUCAACAAGGCGGCGGCCAAGAAGAAGGCGGCCCCCGCAAAGAAGCAGACGCCUGCCAAGAAGGCGGCAGCUGCUCCCAAGCCCGCCGCCGCCAAGCCUGCGCCAGCGGCCGCGCCCGCGACUGCCGCCGCCGCCGCCGUCGCCGCCGCCGCGCCGGCGCCCGCGAAGCCUAAGGCUGAUGAGAAGCCCAAGGGCAAGGCGGCCAAGCAGGCGCUGGCCGCGAAGAAGGGUCCGCUCAAGAAAGCUUCUGGCAAGAAGGGCGGCAAGGCCAAGGCUAAGGCCAAGAAGUGA